GCACCAUCCAAAAACAGUAACUCCGUAUUCCAUCCCCGAGAGCUACUACCGUCCUCCGGUCAAUCGCCGCUAAUCCCGUCAAUCCGUUCAUGUUCUUACUCGUGUCAUCUGCAGAGCAGCGGAAAUAAUGCCACCCGCCGCCACAACUACACGAAAGCAUAGCUUGAUUAUGAAGCAUAAAGUUUUCAAGGUGGGCGGCGAAAUUGGUCGCGUAUGUGUACCUAAAUCAGCUUACGGAAGCUCCUGAUUACAAAAUGUGAUGCUAUGACAAACCCUAUGUCUUUUGCCUAGGUCUAUUAACCUGUCACAUGACAUGACGGUGAAUUACAACAUCCAAUAUUGUGUAGGAAGAGGGGAGAAGGGGGUAGGGUAAUAACCUGCUAAAAGUAGAUAAAUGCGAAGGCCGCCACCGAGAUGAAGACCAUAGCUCACGUCAAACUUCUCAGAGUCGAGACAGCAGCAAACUCGGAAUCACAACCCCUUUAUCCAGAUAUACAAACCUACGAAACAAUACCACAAUGGCCAAAUACAACAAGCUCGCUGGCAAGCACAUCCUUGUCAUCGGCGGCAGUAAUGGCAUUGGCCGCGGGGUAGUCGAGGGCUCUAUCGAAGCCGGAGCCCGCGUCACGCUGUCUGGCUCCUCGCCCAAGUCCGCCGCGACAUCCCUGGCCGAAAUCAAGGCCGCAUACCCUACCGCACAAGUAGCAGGGAUCUCCUGCGACCUAUCUAAGGACUCUGUAGAAGAAGACCUAGAAGCACUGUUCAUCGAAGCUGAAAAAGCGCAACCCAUCGAUCAUGUCGUUCUCACGGCAGGAGAUGCGCUGCUGGUCGCGGACGUGCAGGACAUCACGCUGGAGAAGAUCCGGCAGGUAGCGCAUUUCCGCAUGGAACUGCCCUUGCUGUUGGGCAAAGUGGCGGCGCGCCAUCUCGCCAAGAGUAACGAGUGCAGCCUGACCAUCUCCACGGGAGGCAUUGCCGACCAGCCGAACCCCGGGUGGAGCAUGAUCGCGUACGUAGCGGCAGGUCUGACGGGGCUCGCGCGCAACUUGGCCGUCGAUCUCAAGCCCGUUCGUGUCAACGCCGUUGAACCGGGGUUCGUGAUCACGGGACUAUGGGGGGCGAUGGGGCUGACGGCGGAGCAGUUGGAGGGACAGGCUAGGGCUGUCGCGGAGAAGGUCCCGACGGGUAGGGCGGCGACGGUGGAGGAUGUGGCGGAGGCGUAUUUGUAUUUGAUGAAGGAUAGGAAUGCGACGGGGGAGAUUGUGAAGACGAGGAGUGGUAGUAAUUUGGUUUAGGGUGCUGUGCUAUGAGGCUUUGGGGCUUGUCUAAGGGAAAGGGGUAGGGUAUACUCCUGCAAGCUACCCGUUACGAUUCACCAGUUGUUUCUUGAAUGCCUACCUAACCUAACCUAACCUAACCUGAGGUAUUGGCUCUGGCUUAUAGCAUCCAUUCCACCCCCUUUUAGCCUCCUUAAU